AUGUCGGCCGCCGUCUCAGGUAGGGGCGUCCCCGGGGCUCCGCGCCGUCGGGGGGUGCCGGGCGGCCCGGGGGGGACUCGCGGCCAUGGGCUUCGCGUGCGGAUCCCGCCGCGCCCUCGAGUGCCCGCGCGGGAUGGGGCUCCUGCGGGCGUGAGUGGAGUGGAAAACGUGCAAAAUUCCCCUCCAUCCGAGGAUCGCAGCCCGCCCGACGAGGAGGACGGAGCGGGCAAGUGCGCGAAGCUGCUGCCGGGAGAGGAGGAGGAGACGGCGGCGCCGAAGCCGCGCAAGAAGCGCUCGCGCGCCGCCUUCUCGCACGCGCAGGUCUUCGAGCUGGAGCGGCGCUUCAACCACCAGCGCUACCUGUCGGGGCCCGAGCGGGCCGACCUGGCCGCCUCGCUCAAGCUCACGGAGACGCAGGUGAAGAUCUGGUUCCAGAACCGGCGCUACAAGACCAAGCGGCGCCAGAUGGCCGCCGAGCUGCUCGCCGCCGCGCCCGCCGCCAAGAAGGUCGCCGUCAAGGUGCUCGUGCGCGACGACCAGAGACAGUAUCACCCCGGCGAGGUGCUGCGGCCGCCCUCGCUGCUCUCCCUGCAGCCCUCCUACUACUACCCCUACUACUGCCUGCCCGGCUGGGCGCUCUCCACCUGCGCCGGCACCCAGUGA